AUGGCCGCAACAGAUAAUUUUGUGGACAUUGCUCCGGAUAUUUUGAAAGGAGGCGCCCAGGAAGACCGCGGUGAGACAGCCAGGAUGCAAUAUUUCAUUGGAGCCAUUGCAGUUGGAGAUUUAUUGAAGUCAACCUUGGGUCCAAAGGGUAUGGACAAGUUGUUGCAGCCUAUGAACAUGGAAGGUUCUAGAGGAGGUACCAAUGUUGUUACUAACGAUGGCGCUACUAUCUUGAAAUCUGUAUGGCUAAAUAACCCAGCAGCUAGGGUUUUGGUUGAUGUUUCCAUGCAACAAGAUGCUCAGUGUGGAGAUGGAACCACAGGUGUUGUUGUUUUAGCCUCGGAACUAUUGCGUGGCGCUGAAAAACUGAUCGAACAAAAGAUACACCCUCAAACCAUAUGUUUGGGUUUCAGGAAGGCCCUCAGGGUUGCUAGAGAACGAUUAGAAGCGAUAAAAUUCUCUAGAAUAUCAGAUCCUGAGCAAUUUGAACAAGAUUUAUUACACAUCGCUGAAACAACUUUGUCAUCAAAAUUACUUAGACUAGAAAAAGAGCAUUUCGCACAAUUGACCGUUAAGGCACUAUUAAGAAUGUAUAAAGAACUGGAUACGAGUGCCGAAGACGCGUCAUCACAUAUUAAUUUGUCUCUAAUACAGAUCAUAAAGAAGCCUGGAGGCACAUUGAAGGAUUCUUAUCUAGAGGAUGGGUUCGUGUUAGAAAAGAAAAUAGGUGUUGGCCAACCAAAGAGAAUGGAAAAUUGCAAGAUUCUUAUUGCAAAUACACCUAUGGAUACAGAUAAAGUUAAAAUUUAUGGAGUGAAGGUGAAUGUAGACAGCUUCCAGGCUGUUCAAGAUUUAGAAUUGAGCGAGAAGCAAAAGAUGAAGGAUAAGGUAGAUCGUAUACUAAAACAUGGUUGCAAUGUAUUUAUAAACAGACAAUUGAUUUAUAAUUAUCCUGAUCAGCUUUUUAAGGAGGCUGGUGUUAUGGCUAUUGAACAUUCUGACUUUGACGGUAUGGAACGCUUGGCAGCAUGUCUUGGAGGUGAUAUAGUAUCUACAUUUGAUACUCCAGAGAGUGUAAAAAUGGGAACAUGUAAAACAAUCGAAGAAAUAUUAAUUGGGGAAGAUAGACUAAUUAGAUUCAGCGGGUGUGCUAAAGGUGGCGCCUGUUCCAUAAUUUUAAGAGGCGCUUCAUCACACGUCCUUGAUGAAGCAGAAAGAUCUCUUCAUGAUGCAUUGGCUGUGAUAUCUGAAACUUUGUCUGAUGGUGGAAUUGUUUGUGGUGGAGGAUGUGCAGAACUGGAAAUGGCUGAGGCUGUCGAAAAUUAUGCCAAAACAGUUGAUGGCAAGGAAAGCUUAGCUGUAGAAGCUUUUGCACAUGCCUUAAGAGCACUUCCGGGAUACAUAUUGUCAAACGGAGGUUUCGAUAGUGCUGACAUUUUAUGCAGGCUUAAGGCUGCACACGCCUCUGGAAACAGCACAGCUGGUAUUGACAUCGAAUUAGGGGAUGUGGGUAACAUGAUGGAUAUAGGCGUGUUCGAAAGCUUCAAAUCUAAAUUAUCUCAAAUCUGCCUGGCCACAGAAGCGGCAGAAUCCAUAGUUAGGGUUGACGAUAUUAUCAAGUGUGCCCCAAGAGAAAGAGCAAAGGGAGUAUAGUCGUCUAAUACGGACCACAAACAUUCAUUAUUUUAACAUUUCUAUCUU